GCAGCGAUGGGCGGUGUGUUGAGACAUGCUUGAGACAUUGUUCGUGAAUGUUCUAGUGUCUGCAGGAUGGAUAGCGUAGGAUGAGAUCAUGAGAUGGGAUUCAUGGCAUGGACUCGGGGUAUAAAUACUACGAGAUCGCGCUGCCAUUGAGGAAUAUCAUCACAACAGUUCAAUCCAACCAAACAAUCCAACCAACCAACAAACCUCACUUUCGCUAAAGUCUCUCGCUUAAGUCUUUUGACACCAUUCCAAUCGCUACAAUGAAGACCACUUUCGCUGCUCUCGCUCUCUCCCUCUUCGGCGCUGCCGUCGCCGCCCCGGCCAACGCCUGCCCCCCGACCACCCAAAAGCCCUUCCCCUACAGCGUCGACGACGUCAAGCUCUACCACCUCAAGGAGAGCAACACCUGGGACCUGACCAUCAAGGUCACUGAGCGCGACGCCGCCGGCAACGCUCUGGGCUCCACUUCCUGCCACAGCGCCUGGAACGACGGCGCCACCUACGUCGCCCGCGAGAUCUGCGAGGACACGCACUACUUCUUCUGGCUGCCCAACGGCGCCCCCAACCCGGAGAGCUGGGACGUCAUCGUCGACGGCCCCAACGGCCAGGGCGAGGGCACCAUCGAGUUCGGCAACAAGUAUAAGUGCGGCGACUACACGGGCGACAUCGGCAACAUUGAUCGCGAGUGCACGACUACCAACGGCGGUUGGUUCUUCCUCCACGAGCGCGAGGCCAACUAGAUUUGGACUUGGGCUUUGAGAAGGCCGCAGUGUGGGACGGCGGACUGCUCUUGCUGUAGUAAGCAUGGAUAGACAGUACUCGUUCCGUGACUGGGUGGAUAGAUGGACGGGACAUGCAUGGAAGGUUGCUGGAGCAUCAUCGAUGAGCAUUGCGGGUGUUUUUGUUCUUUUGCUAGGCUUUGUUUCUAGAUUACAUUCCUUUAUAGAUUAAUAUGCAUACUUAACUCGCGAGCAGAGUUCAGCUACAG